CAAUGGCACUGGCACCUUUCAUUAUUCUGCAGUUACGAUGCGUGACGAACUUGUCGCCGGCCAUCAGUAAGCAGAAGCCCAUAAUUAAUUCAACGCAAUGAAUGUGGGGGUGGCGGGACUGACACCGGUUACACUAAUCAAUAAGUUCCGUUCUAAUGCACGGCCUUGACAUGGUAUAAAUAGACAAAAACCAACAUAAUUUAGCAAAGUUCGUUUGCAUUUUUGCCUGUUGAGGAAAUUAGGGGGUACAACAAUUGGUAAACAUUUUUUUUUUUUAUUCUAAAUCCUAAUUGCAGUUUUUCGGAUUCAAUGCUUUUUUUUUGUUAAGCGCUAAAUUCAGGAUUUGGAAAGGUUUUUUCGAUUAUUAAACAAUUAGUUUAAAAAAAUUAAGUAAAGUGUUCCAGUCUUAAAAUUUGUAUUUCCUAAUAGGUUAAAAAAGACCAACUUACCAGUCGUUGGAAUUUUAUUUUGUUUUUUGUAAAACAAAUUUCCAGAACCUAGCCCAACAGCUAAAAUCAAACAGGAAACUCACCACAAAAAGGACAACAACCAAGAAAAGCUUUUCCUGUUAGCUUUUAAAGCCUUGAACAGCAACCUAGGUCAACAGCUUUCUGUAAGCCUUCAUUUUCCGACACUUACAAACUUGGAGCUACGUUUCCAUGGCUUCCACCCCAAUAAUUCAACCUUAAGAUUUCCGAAGCUCUACUUAGCUAUGCAUUACAAAAUGGCUUGCAGUACUGGCCAACUUGUUGAUGCGUUCAAAAACUCUCCACUUGUUUAUGCUUAAGGCGGUUUGCCUUUUGCACUGCACUGAAUUCAAAAAUUCUUUGAUUUUGUUUAACAAUCAUACGAUUUGUUGAGUCUUUUUCUCAGAUCCCACUUAACCAAGCUGCUGUCCAUUUAAGUAAGGAUCUCGAUCUAUUUAUAUAUCAAGAAGUGAACUAGUAAAAGUCAAAUGCCAUCACAAAACUAUUUGAGACUAAGCACACUUUGAUAAAUUUAUCACAAAUAAAUGGCAUAAUACAUUUAAUUGUUGAAGGGCAAGUAUUCUAAUCAUUUCUGACUUAUCCGAGUUUUUCUUGAGAAUGUAUUCAAUUUAUUCGAGAGAUGAUGUGGCUGCCUACGAGGAAGUGGAUGAUAGUCAGCUGGGUCCGUCUGCCAAAAUAACACCCGAGCAAAGAGCUGAAAGCGAGUUGCAAUCUAUCAUCUUUUUGGCCCAGCAGGAGCACGAGGCCCAGACCCUUCAACAAGUAAUAACCGCGAUCAAGCUACGCAAGAAAGAGGAGUUGGCUAAUCCAUUACCCAGAAGUUUUGUCCGAAACAGAAAUGUGUUUGAUGAGGAGGUCAGAGUUCUGCUGGACCAAAUCGGUUCAAAGGAGGAGAAUAGCGAUGAAGAUGACGAGGAAUCUAUUCAAUAAAGUGUCUUAAAGGCUUAAACGUUUAUAAA